ACUCCUCAUUUCAGAGAAAACAAAACUGAUCUCUCUGUGUGUGUGUGUGUGUGUGUGUGUGUGUGUGAGUGCAGGAAAAUGGCUGAAGCCAGUAUUUCAGCAGAUCAAUUUUCAGUGGACCAGUUCAGCUGUCCAGUCUGUCUGGAUCUCCUGAAGGAUCCGGUGGCUAUCCCCUGUGGUCACAGUUUCUGUAAGGAGUGUAUUAAUGGCUGCUGGGAUCAGGAGGAUCAGAAGGGCGUCUACAGCUGUCCUCAGUGCAGAGACACUUUCACUCCAAGGCCUGUUCUAUGCAGAAACAACUUGCUGACUGAAGUGGUGGAGAAACUGAAGAAGACUGAACUUCAAGCUGCUUCUCCUGCUCACUGUUACGCUGGACCUGGAGAUGUGGAGUGUGAUUUCUGUACCGGGAGAAAACACAAAGCCAUCAAGUCCUGUCUGAUGUGUCUGGCUUCCUUUUGUGAAACUCACCUUGAUCCUCACUAUCAGUCUCCUGCUUUUAAGAAACACACAUUAAUUGAAGCUUCAGCAAAACUACAAGAGAAGAUCUGCUCUCAACAUAACAAGCUGAUUGAGAUCUACUGUCGUACUGAUCAAACCUGCAUCUGUUAUUUGUGUAUGAUGGAUAAUCACAAAGGUCACAACACCGUCAUAGCCACAGGAGAAAGAGCUGAGAAACUGAGUGAGUUAAAGCAGAUGAAAUCCCAGCAGAGAAUCCAGGAGAAGCAGAAGAAGGUGCAGGAGCUGAAACAGGCUGUGAACACUAUAAAGCUCAGUGCACAGACAGCAGUGGAGGACAGUGAGAGGAUCUUUACUGAGCUCAGGAGAAGGCUGAACUGAGUCAAGCUGAACGACUCCUGGAGCAACUGGAGCAGGAGAUUGCUGAUCUUCAGAGGAGAGUCACUGAGCUGGAGCGGCUUUCA